UUUGUCUUCCUGUUUUCGGGGGGAAAAAGUGAAACUGUAGCUGGUUCAGGAUCAUAGUCUAUGUUCAGGAUCAAACUGUCCUGCUUCAUUUUACACGCUGAUCAUCCGCUCAAAACUGCAGGGCGUCAGGUUUUUUGUUCAGGAUGUCAGCUGUUAAGAUGACAGAGGGGAGUGUGCAGGUGGAGAGCUGCAAAGCGCCGCUGUUCUACAGACAGAGUGCACCUGCCGCAGAGGAAGUUAGGAUGUCAGUUUUACUCCUUCACGGCAUCCGUUUCUCAUCAGAAAACUGGCUCAACAUUGGCACUCUGGAGACUCUGGCCAAAGCAGGCUGCCGUGCGGUCGCCAUCGACCUGCCAGGGCUCGGCCGGUCCAAGUCAGCCGAGGCCCCUGCCGCGGUUGGAGAACUGGCCCCUGCAGAUUUCCUGAAGGAGGUGUGUGAGGAGCUGAGCCUGAACCCGGUGGUGGUGAUCAGCCCGUCCCUCAGUGGGAUGUACUCCCUCCCCUUCCUCCUCCAGCACCAGGCUCUGAUACGAGCCUACAUCCCUGUAGCACCCAUCUGCACCGACAAAUUCACAGCAGAGCAGUACCAGAGUGUAAAGGUCCCAUCUCUGAUCGUUUAUGGUGACCAGGACACUCAGCUUGGAGAACUGUCACUGAGCAACCUGAGCAAUCUGGCCAAUCACAGCGUGGUGGUGAUGAAAGGAGCGGGUCACCCCUGUUACCUGGACGACCCGGACACUUGGCACAAAGCCCUCACUGACUUCCUCAAUACCCUGUGAAGCUGCUCGUUGUGGAGAGAUUCUCAACAGCAACAGUCACACAUCCAAGUGAGAGACAGUGGGAGAGAGAUGGGGGAAAGACACGCAGCAAAGGGCCGCAGCAAAGGGCCGCAGGUCGGAUUCGAACCUUGGCCGCUGUACAGUCCUCAGCCUACAUGUGGCGCAUGCUCUUACUGGGUGAGCUAGAGGUCGCCCCCUACCAUCACUUCUAAAACCCACUAAUUAACAUGUUUUUUUUCCUGUUUCCAGUCUUUGUGCUAAGCUAAUUUAGCCGGCUGCUGGUGUGAAUCAUAUGAGAAACAUGAGUUAAUUGUCUUGUCUCGUUAAGAAAGCUAAUACAGUAAGUGUAUUUCCAAGAUGUAAAACUUUUCUUUUUUUUUUAAAGACUUUCUAUUUUCAGUGUAACCUGCAAAUAAAUGAAUCUCCACCUGUGUCUUGACUGAAAAAAAAAAAAAACACACGCUGAAUGAAGUGAAAAA